CGAUAAAGGCAAUAUCCAAAUCAUCUUUGUAGGCCAYCUUAAGUCAGUCAAUACUCUAGCAAUAUAUCCCUAUGGUCCAUAUAUCAUGUCAGGAUCCAGCGAUAAGACUAUAMGAGUAUGGAGUCUUGACACCUCUGAUGAAGUAGACAGGAUAAUGACYAAGGGAUCUGUGUUAGGACUGGGUACAACUAUCGGAAAGGAUGAUCUUUAUUCGUUUUCUUGUGAGAAUCUUGAUAUGUGGAAGAUAAACCAUGUCCAUAGUGUGUAUACGACUGUUGGUAGUAAAGUCAAGUCAAUGAAGCCUUCAACGCAUCCAAGGUGUCCAGUUCGUAUGGUGUGCACAUGUAGCGACAAUACAAUAAGACUGAUUUCCCCAGGAUCAGGUGCCUGCGUGACUUCACUUCUUGUUCCAAGCAUGACAACAAUUAUUGAUACUGUAUAUGCUGCAGCUGACAAUGUCCUUUUCACUCUUCUCUCCAAUGGCUCCAUCCUCAAAGCAUCUACAAAAACAAACCCUUGCAAAAUACUCGAAGAAUGGGAUAAAGAGAUGACAAAAGCACCAAGUACCUGUUCUUGUCUCUGUCUGUAUGAGUAUGUGGUUGAGGAUAAUCUUGAAAGUGGUCAAUGGGGAGAUCUAGUGCGUUCAACUCUUAAAGCAAACUCCUCAGACCUUGAGUUUGAAUCACUCAAUAAACCCAGCACCUAUGACAGGACGAUACUGCUCGGUGGCUGURUUGAUGGAACAAUUGUGGUCUAUGACUGGCAGAACAAGAAAAAGCCUGGUUSUAUUUCUUUUCUUAUUGAGGCCCAUCGAGAAGAGGUGGUCACGAUGAUCGCAAAUCCUGCUGUAGAUCAAGUUAUCUCUGCAAGUUAUGACAACACAAUCAAGAUAUGGAGAUUGUUCCCUUUCGCUGAGGAAGCCCUUGCACCAUUGAUGACACUAUACUGCCAAGAAACACCCAAGCACCUUGCUGUUGCACAUCACAGACUAUUUGUCUCUCUACAUGAACCAGCCACGGCGUCCUAUAACGUAGUCGUAUUCAAGACAACACAGAAAGAACGAUUUGACCACAACAGUGAUAACGACCACACAGAUGACGUCACAGGGGUGGCUAGCUGUCCUAAAAUGAGACUAUUCGCCUCAAGUAGUGCUGAUGGCUCUAUAAGGAUAUGGGACGAAUCAAACCAUCUUCUGAGAACCAUAACCCUUAAUGCUGUCCCCAGCAGUCUGUGUUUCUCUAGCCAGAAGGGUGACCUAUUAAUAGGCAUUGGUAAUCAUCUACAUAAGAUYGGAUACGCCACGUAUAUGCCUCGUUCAUAUAUAUACCGCAUGGUUGCCAUGGAGUUCCAAAGACCARUCUCAGAAAAUGCUCUCCCUAUUGCCCCRGAGGUCAAAGCAAAAUUAUCACCRGACGAACUACAGCGYCUCACUAAAGCCAAAUCUUCUGUCUUCAAAUUUGAACGAUUUGCCGACCUGCUUUCGCCGGAAGAGAUGGAUGAGAAAGCCCAGGAAGAGGAACGAAGAAACGAGGCUUUUGCUAAGCUUCAACAACGUGAAAACGAACUCAAGCAGUUACGCGACGGGGUCUUCGAGUUUCAAAAACAAAAGCCCCGUCCAAACAGCGAGAUGGUCCGCCAAGAUGCAUUURAUCGAUACCUUGCCAUAUUUUAUAAACGACCCGAUGUAGAAAUUCCGGACCAGGAYGAACUCCACAAAGAGGAAUGUCUAGAGUACGAACCGCCGGAGCACUACACACCUGAUCACGGCCCUCGUGGUUUCUUUGGGAUCGAUAAAAAUUCAAGACAACGGUCUCGAGUGAAGGAGCCUCGCCCUACUGUAGUAAAACAAGAGAUUAUGUCUCUUUCUAUGCCGGAGUUUCAGCCYUUGCCUGCGCCUCCCCCGGAACCAGGCGAAGACGAAGAGGAAGAUGGCCGUACCUUCGUUGUGAGUCGGCAAGGCACUCAAGUUGACAUGGAAACCGARGCUGACRUUCAGAAGGCUGACUUURGUAAUCAACGCAGUCGUUCAAUGGUUGUUAUGACUACGAAAGACUACAAAACUAUGGACGUUGAACCGCCAYUAAUCGGUUCUCCGACAAGWGAUCGAUAUAUCAUCGAYGUUCCRAAGACUGAACGAUACCCAUCGUCGACAAUGUGUCGUCACAUGGUCGCAAGAAAAGCYGCUCGAAUGGUUUCAAAAAGAGUCGGGGAUAGUGGAGAAGAGGAAUUCGUGGUUGCYCCAGAUGGAUUUAUACCUAAUUCUGUKGUAGUUUCACUCUUUAAAGAUCUCAAGUCAGAAACACCGGCUGAAGAUCCUAAUARAAUAUGGAAACCGCCAAGUCUAACGGCKGAACARCUUGCUGAGAUAGAAAAAAGAAAGAAGAAACGUAUACCAACUCCUGAAGAAGAGCCUGUUGCGCCUAAAAAGAAAUCAGCUAARAAGCCAAACCGAUUUUCCGAGCAAAUGCAGCUGGCUUUAAGAGAUACUCCAACACCRGAACCGGAAAUAGAACUGAUGAAAUCACCUACACCAACACCCCCUCCGCCGUCACCACCCCUCAAAGAACCCACUCCUCCUCCAACACCGAAGCCCAAGACUCCAAAGAAACCAGUGAAGCCUAUCGAGAAACUAAUAUCACGACCAAAGCCACCUACACCACCCCCAAUCUCUACAAUAAACUCUAAAAUUGAAGUUAAUGCGCAUACUCAAAUGGUGCAAAGUAAACCGCUGGAUUCAGACCUAACUGAUAAAAAUAACGUCUCAUCAUCGCCCUCACUUGAUACCAGGCCAACUCCUCCACGAGAGCCAACACCUACUCCAACGCCUCCACCCCCUGCGACACCAUUACCAGAGUUCAUAACACAGUUCAAGGGGACUUUGUGGUUUGAGAAAUACUUUCCCAACGCCAGCCCUGAGACAUUUCCAAAGCCAUGGACUGUUGCUACUUUUGUGGAUUUGUUGCUCCAAACUCUACAAAAAUGUUCUGAUCAUGAACUCAAGACACAAAUUCUUGCGGCUAUUUUGCUCCUAAAUCGUCAAGAUCCUUUCGAGAAAAGCUGCUGUGAGCGAGUCAGUCGAGUUCUUCUUGCCGAACUCAACGUUCCAAACCCCCCAACGGCUCAUGGCUCGUCCGCUGCGAAGCAGUUCCUCCGAGUCAGCCUACAGCUUUUGCAGAUUAUGAAUAUACUGAACAAGUCAUUUGUAGCUGAACUAAUGGCGCACUAUAUUGAUGGGGAUGAAGAAGUUAGAGGCCUCAUACAAGAAAUCUUUGUGGCAAUAAAAAUACGAGAUCCUGGUAGAUAUUUCCCAAAAGAAUUGGACAGUUUUGAAACAGAGCAWUUGGUUGACAUGAGAAGGAAACCUCGCAUUCGCGAAAUAUGUCUGAACUGGUUGGAAAAAUGGCUGACUCAAUUCAAGCAGCAUAUCAAGUCCCUGGCGGGCAAGAUUGGCCGCGCACAGUCUGGCAGUGUUGUCAAGGGAACAAAGACACCAAAGACCCCGUCAUCGAUAAAAGGAAUUCUUAAAAAAGAUGAAAAACUUGAAGGCAGUAAAACAAAUGUCAAAUUUGAUAUCGAAUCCAUGGGCAGACUUGCUGCUGAUAGUGCAACUCCUGUUGAAGCCAUCAACUACUUCUGUGAGAUGGAAAUGGAAGCAGAGCUUGCGAGAGCCAGAGAAAGAGCGCGAUCCAAAACACCGCARCAAGCUACUGAUAACUCUCGAAAUACUGUCCUCAUCUUACCAAAGAUUCAUAGCAAACGAAGUCUAGCUCGUCUUGGCGAAACCCAUUGUAGCCAUUGYCAUCCAGAACGAGAAACGUCGUUGGCAUUAGCCUUUCCACUGCCUCCCAUUUACCAACAAAGAAAAGAAAUACCACUGACCAACGUCUCUCUGCAUCUGAAGACGUUAACGUUGAAUCCAUUCCCUGACCCAGCUGACCUGGACCUGUAUGAAGCCACUAAGCAUGCGCAACUGCUAACGCUCAGGUCAUCGCAGAAAUACUUCAUUCCAUCACAAUCUAUYGUUACUCUUUAUGACGAUACGCUAUGAGAUGUAUGGUAUACCUGUGUCAAUAUCGAACGUGGCAAACUUUUCGUGACCAGGCCCUUGUUACAUGCAGAGAGAGACAAAGAGACCAAGUCAGAAA